AUGGAAGACAAGCCCCUCGCCCCCGCGAGCAAAGAUCUCCGCGAACUCACUGCCCAAGAAUCUUCCGCCGCAGUAAUCUUCCCCUCCUUCACCUCCACAACAGCCUGGUCUCUCGGUCUCGCGCUCCGAUCCCGGAUUCUCUCCCUCCCGGCGGAUCAACGAAAGCCGGCUCUCAUCUCUAUCGCGCUAACCGGCGGGUCCGAGCCACAUGUUGUAUUCCAAGCCGCGACGGAACCGGGGACCUUCGCCGAUAACGAGGUGUGGGUGCGACGGAAGCGCAACACCGUGCUGCGGUGGGGGGUGUCAAGCUGGCUGAUGCGGAAUAAGAUGCUGACGAGCACUGGCUUGGAGGCGGAUCAGGUGGAGGCGGCAUUUGUGAGGAAGCAUGCCUUGACGAGUACCGGUGGUGGAGGGGCGGCAGAUGACUUCGCGAUCCAUGGUGGGGCGUUCCCUGUGCGGGUGAAGGGGGUUGAUGGUGUUAUUGGCGUGGUGGUUGUUAGUGGAUUGAAGCAGGAGGAUGACCACCAGGUUGUUUUGGAGACAAUUCGGGAGUUUAUCCAGCAGGACGGACAGUGA